AGCCCAUAUCGGCUGAAAGGCCCAUAGCAAGUCCAGUUCUCUGUCUCAUCAUCCUUCCCUUGGCUUCUCAGCUCUCGCCUUUACUUUACAGGGAAGAGUAAAGUCGCAGACUUGCAGUAGCGGAACAGAGAGGGUUUUAGAAAUUUGUAUGAGAGAGCUAUGCCGGAAGCUAAGAGCAGAAAACGCAAGAGAGGGAAGAAGAGUGGCAGCAAGCCGCAAAUUCAGCAUCAGAAGGAGAUUAAGUCGAACGAUGUGACAAAGGCCAAACAUGGUAGUCAAAGUAACGAACUUGCUGCGGCUUCGAAGCGGCCAAAGCCGUCGUCUUCUUCUUCUUUCCUUGAUAAGAUGAAAGCCAGAUUAGCUGGUGGGCAUUUCAGAAUGCUGAAUGAAACACUCUACACUUGCACUGGAGGGGAGGCAUUUAACUAUUUCAAAGAAGAUCCAUCGUUAUUUAACAUGUAUCAUACAGGGUAUCAAGAACAAAUGUCACACUGGCCUGAGCAACCUGUAAAUGUAAUCAUAAAGUGGCUAAAAGAUCAUAACCGUUCGUUUAUUGUUGCCGAUUUUGGCUGUGGAGAUGCACGCCUAGCGAAGAAUGUAAAGAAUAAGGUGUUCUCUUUUGAUCUCAUUUCGAAGGAUCCUUCAGUAAUUGCUUGUGAUAUGUCAAAAACACCCCUUGAUUCUUCAACUGUAGAUGUAGCUGUGUUUUGCCUUUCACUGAUGGGCACUGAUUAUCCAAGUUACCUCAACGAAGCACAACGGGUGCUUAAGCCAGGUGGUUGGCUUCUGAUAGCAGAGGUAAAAAGUAGGUUUGAUCCUAUUACUGGAGGGGCAGACCCAAAUAAGUUUGUGAAAGCCAUUUCCGAGUUGGGGUUUACAUCUGUGCUGAAGGAUUUCUCAAACAAAAUGUUCAUUUUGUUCCAUUUCCAGAAGAAGGAGAAACGGGAAAGCUCGAAGAGUAAAGCAAUUGAGUGGCCGGAGUUGAAGCCUUGCUUAUACAAGCGUCGGUGAUAUCGCAAAGUCCAAAGCCUACUUACUGUUUAGGUUCAUAGGAGUUGUGGUUUGAUUUGACACUAUCCUUAUACAGCUUCUGAAUCUCUUAUAUGUAGCAAGUAUCUCCCUUUAUCAGCUUGCUUGAUGAAAUGCCUUGGUAUUAGCAUAAAACUGAGGCUUGACGAGUUUAAGGAAUGAGAAAAUGCCUACUGUUUUGUCUUUGUAUUCAGAGUUCGGAGUUCGGACAUAGGUGGAUCCAAGCUCACUCACAUUGUAUCUCUUUUUGUAAGCGUGCUUAAUGGAAGUGCCUCGGUUUUGGUCUUGUCCCAAUGAAUAAAGCUUGUGAUCUUCCAUUAAUGAACCC